GAAGCCUAUUCUGUAGCGAGGCAGUUUAAUAUGAUUCCACCCGUGUGCGAACAAGCAGAAUACCACCUUUUCCAAAGAGAGAAAGUAGAGGUUCAGUUGCCGGAACUGUAUCACAAAAUAGGUAAUGUCAGAAAGGCUGUAUUGUAAAUAUUCGCGAGGGAAUGAGGAACAAAUCAUUUCUAUGCAAAGGGUGUCUGCUCGGAAAAUAUUUCAUAGCCCCUGCUGUUCAAUAAGAGGUGCAAUUAGUCUCUUGCCAGCAGCAAUUAUCCCUGUGCGAAGAGGUAAGUGACAGCAUGUCUGCCAGUCUUCUUCAAUGGCUUUCCUCUCUGAUUUAUUAUUUUAAUAAAUAUAGUGUCAUCAAAACCCUAUAUAGCAGGUCCAUAGUGGUGCAUGGUGUCAGGCUAAAGAAGCAGAAUGCUUAACUACAAUGUUUUAGUAUGUUCCUUUCCCACACCAAAAAGUGCCAUGGGCUGCAAUCCUAAGAACACUUACUAGGGAGAAAGCCUCUUUGAAAAUAGUAGAGUUUACUUCCAAGUAGGUAACUUAUAUGCAGAAUUCAUCAUGUGAAAGAAUGGGCUGGAUGAAUCCUUAGCCAGAAUUAAGAUUGCCGGAAGAAAUAUCAACAACCUCAGAUAUGCAGAUGACACAACCUUGAUGGCAGAAAGUGAGGAGGAAUUAAAGAACCUUUUAUUGAGGGUGAAAGAAGAGAGCGCAAAAUAUGGUCUGAAGCUCAACAUCAAAAAAACUAAGAUCAUGGCCACUGGUCCCAUCACAUCCUGGCAAAUAGAAGGGGAAGAAAUGGAGGCAGUGAGAGAUUUUACCUUCUUGGGCUCCAUGAUCACUGCAGAUGGUGACAGCAGCCACGAAAUUAAAAGACGCCUGCUUCUUGGGAGAAAAACAAUGACAAACCUAGACAGCAUCUUAAAAAGUAGAGACAUCACCUUGUCAACAAAGGUCCGUAUAGUAAAAGCUAUGGUUUUCCCAGUAGUGAUGUAUGGAAGUGAGAGGUGGACCAUAAAGAAGGCUGAUUGCCGAAGAAUUGAUGCUUUUGAAUUAUGGUGCUGGAGGAGACUCUUGAGAGUCGCAUGGACUGCAAGAAGAUCAAACCUACCCAUUCUUAAGGAAAUCAGCCCUGAGUGCUCACUGGAAGGACAGAUCCUGAAGCUGAGGCUCCAGUACUUUGGCCACCUCAUGAGAAGAGAAGACUCCCUGGAAAAGACCCUGAUGUUGGAAAAGAUGGAGGGCACAAGGAGAAGGGGACAACAGAGGACGAGAUGGUUGGAUAGUGUUCUUGAAGCUACCAGCAUGAGUUUGACCAAACUGCGGGAGGCAGUGGAGGACAGAAGUGCCUGGCGUGCUCUGGUCCAUGGGGUCACGAAGAGUCGGACAUGACUAAACGACUAAACAACAACAACAACAAGGUAAAAAGAUAAAGGACCCCUGGACAGUUAAGUCUGGUCAAAGGUGACAAUGGGGUUGUGGCGCUCAUCUCGCUUUCAGACUGAGGGAGCCAACGUCUGUCCACAGACAGCUUUCUGGGUCAUGUGGCCAGCAUGACUAAACUGCUUCUGGCACAAUAGAACACCAUGAUGGAAGCCAGAGCUGAAAUGCUGUUUACCUUCCUGCUGCAGCAGUACCUAUUUAUCUACUUGCAUUGGUGUGCUUUCAAACUGCUAGCUUGGCAUAAGCUGGGGCAGUUUUGACUCAUGUGCACUUUUUUGCAAGCAAUUUUUCCUGAUAUAAUGCAUUUUUGUGUGGCUUUAUCCAUGCAAAUGUAUUCGUUAUUAAUAGCACACCUUACACUAAUCUAUGCAUUUUUGGAAACAUGGCUGUCACUCUGGAAAAAGGUCCUGGAGAUGCACUCUCCCACAUUCCCCCUCCACUAUGCCAGUUCCAAUGAGAUGUAUCUAGGAAACUCAUGAGCAGAGCAUGAGGGCAAUAGGCUCUGGUAUUAAUUUACAAGGCACUUAAUAACUUGGGCCCAGGGUACCUCAAGAACCACCUAAUCCCUAAUAUCCCUGCCCAGUUAUUGAAGUCUUCAAUGUUAGGAGUCCCCCAUGGCUCAGAUGCACAUCUCAGAUGCUCCAGGGGCCAUGCAUUAUUGUUGUGGGUCCAAUUUUAUGGAACAAUCUUCCAGCUGAGGUCAGACAGCACCUCCCACCACCUCCUGUGCAGCUUCUAGCCCCUGCUGAAGACUUUAUUAUUAUUCCAGCAAGCAUUUUAACUUGGAGUCUGAUUUUAUAGUUUAAAAUGAUGUUUCCCUUUUCUGUAUUGUAUUUCUUGUACACCACUCACAAGUCCAGCAAUAUAGAAAUUGUUUAGAUCACUAAAAAAAAAAAUAGUUCUCUUCCAUUGUUGCUUCCCAGCAACUAAUAUUCACUGCCUUUCAAGAGAGGCAGUGAAUCAUUCAAUCUUCAUGAUUCAGUCUUCAUGAUUGACAGCCGCCAGCAGACCCACCCUCCUCCACAAAUUUGCCUUCUUCCCCUCCGAAAGCCGUCUGAGUUUGCAUCCAUCGCAAUGUCCCGUGCCGAUGAAUUUCAUGUUUUAAUUAUGCUUUGCGGGAAGAAUUGCUUGUUUCUGCCUCUCCUGAACCUCCUGCCAAUCAGUUUCACUCGGGGGCAGCUUGCCCAGCGAUGGAGUCGCUGUCGCUUACCAAGCGGUAGAAGCUGUGCAGAAGCUGCUGUGGGAAUACUGAAUCAGCUUUGCUGGGGAACCCGCACAAGAUACGGCCUUCAUCCCUCUCCCUCCCUCUCCCAGUAAAACAGCACUGGUCCCACUGUCAGGAAUCUGCUGUGGUUCUGCCCACUAAGCAAUGGUUCCAUUGAAUGCUCCCAAUUUCUAUUAUUAUGAAGGAGGGAGGAAAACAUCUCUCUUUCUCUACACCAUCUGUAAUUUUAUAAAACUCUAUCAUGUUGCCUCCGGCCCUCCAGCCCCUGGAAGCUCAGCCUUCUGUUUUUCUAAACUGUAAAGGACAAAUGAUGUAGUUUUUCCUCAUAGCAAAGGUACUUUGGUCAUUUGUGGUAUAUGUUUGCUUUUAUUUGCUUAUGUAAUCCGUAACACACUUUUGGGUGUGGGUGUGGGUGUGUGAGAGAGAGAGAGGUGUCUACAGGAUCAUGUUAACAUUACAGUGGUACCUUGGGUUAAGUACUUAAUUCAUUCCGGAGGUCUGUUCUUAACCUGAAACGGUUCUUAACCUGAAGCACCACUUCUAAUGGGGCCUCCUGCUGCUGCCACACUGCCGGAGCACAAUUGCUGUUCUCAUCCUGAAGCAAAGUUCUUAACCUGAGGUACUAUUUCUGGGUUAGCGGAGUCUGUAACCUGAAGCGUAUGUAACCCAGGGUACCACUGUAUCUCAGUGCUAUCUCUUGUCUGAUUGGUUGUUCUGCAGGAGUUGGAGCAAUGACGUGGUCCCCUCUCGCCUGUGGGAUUGUCUCAGGGAAAUACGCCAAUGGAAUUCCCGAAAGCUCAAGGGCUUCUUUGAAGGUAUUUUCCCCAUGCUAACCACUUGUACGAUCACAAUAUAUUUCCCCCCGUGCUCUAGAGCAGUGUUUUUCAACCUUUUUUGGGCAAAGGCACACUUGUUUCAUGAAAAAAAUCACAAGGCACACCACCAUUAGAAAAUGUUAAAAAAUUUAACUCUGUGCCUAUAUUGACUAUAUAUAAAGUAAUUCUCUUGAAUAGGAAUCAAAUAAACACAAAGAAAGUAUUUUAUAAUUACUUUAUUAUGAAAUAGUAAGUAAACAGAAAUAUGAAAAAUUAUAAAAUACUUUAUUCAGUGCACAACCUGGAAUAGGCAUGGCACAAGUGAUGGAAUAAGCAUGGUACAGAUGGUAUAGGCAUGGCACAGAUGGUAUAGGCAUGAGGAGGAGGAGGACUGACAGGAGGACUCACUUACCGGGCUGCUGCUGCUGCACAGGGCUGGACUCACUCGUCUCUCUUCCGAGACCCGACCGUGACCGACUGGUUCCAGAUGACCUCCUCACCUCACGCUGCACCUGCGGCCUGGUCUGGAUCCGGAUGCGGUCUCUCUGCAGUGCCGACUCCCGCCGAGUCCUGGUCUCUGUCCGUCUCCUCCUGCUCCGGUCCUCCUGGUGACUCGAGUCGCGAUGUCUUCUCUCCGCUGCUGCGCACACUGUGCUCGGGCGGGAAGGAAGUCGGAAGAUGAUGUCCUACUGUGAUAGGUCCAGGCUGGAGUCUGGACCAAUCACAGCCCGGACAUCAGAAAAGUGGAGGGUGUCCCCCUGAGGAGCGCCAAUCGGCGCCCCUGCUGGCUGAGGGUGGGGUCAAAAACCCCACCCCACCCAUACCCAGGACACAGUCCGGCGCCCGCCUAGUGGGCAAAAAUUUGACCUUUUUUUAAAAAAAAAUCUUUCGAAUUUUUCAAUUUUUCCCACGGAAUACCAGGCAACAUCUCGCGGCACACUAGUGUGCCACGGAACAGUGGUUGAAAAACACUGCUCUAGAGAAACGUCUUUUCUGAGCUCAAGAUGGUAGGUGAAAAGUGUGAAGAAGCACAUGUUUGAAUGACAGAAAGAAUUUCCCCUGAGAUCUACAAGUAAAGGGCGGUAUACAAAUUUAAUAAAUAGCAACAAUAAUAAUAAUUCCCUUGACAAUCAAGAUUUCAGCAUUAAUGAGAACAUUGUUGCUGAGGUCUACGCCAAGUAUGACUAGCAUGAGAUAUAAGCCUAUCCCAUUGCUUGCCAUUUUGAUUUUAUUCAUAAAGUGGAUAGAGAUUCUGAUUUCAUUAAGUAUUCUUGGAGAACAUCCAAGUUGCCUCUUACAUACAUGUUUCCAUGUUAUCUCUUCUUGCUUCCCUGAUUGAAAUAUACUCAGAGUCGAGAGUGGAUUUCAUCCUCUUUAUUCAGCUCAUAGUGGUGAGGAGGAAUGAAAGUCCCCUCAAAGUAUCUGCUUUAUAUACAUUAUUUACACAAUGGGCUGCACGUGAUUGGCUAAUUCCGGAAUUCUCCUGUAGGCCAAUCAGGUUGUAGAUUCACUUCCAUCUGGAGCUGGAUUGGGUGGCUCCUGCAGACCAAUCAUACUGCUGCAUUGUUCUGGGACCAAUCAGACUGCUGCAUUUUGGAUCCUAUUCAACUCAGUACAUAACACUGAUUAGUAAGAUUCAUUUGUGUGGGGCUAGAUAAGAAUACAUGAUAGGCUUUCACUACGCAAGAGGUAGAGGUGGAGGAGACCUAGAGACAGUUUAAACUUUUCCGUGGCUGUGCAUCUUUGCACCAGACUGGGAUGCAAUUGAACAGUUGGCCAGCUGUGUGCUUCUACACAUUUUUGUCUCUGACACCAUCCACCACUUGCCCAUGGCCCCCAAUGGUUGCCCACAAGGGAAUGAAUGCAUCUCUCAGGCUGAAAAAGGUUUCCCAGCCUCGGUAUAUACCGUAUUUUUCGCCCCAUAGGACGCACCGGGCCAUAGGACACAUCAAGUUUUUUGGGGGGGGAAUAAAGAAAAAAAAAAUUAUUUCCCCCCCAGGCGCUUCUGGGGCCGGCAGCGGGGAGAAGCGCUCUUCUCCCCGCAGCCCGCCUUCAGACCAGGUCCGGGGACAGCGGGAAGACGCGCUGCGCCUCCCAGCUGUCCCCGGAGCUUGUGGGGCAGGCAGCGGGGAGAAGCGCUCUUCUCCCCGCCGCCCGCCUCAGAUCAGGUCCGGGACAGCGGGGAGACGCGCUGCGCCUCCCAGCUGUCCCCGGAGCUUGGGGCAGGCAGCGGGAGAAGCGCUCUCUCCCACCACCCGCCUUCAGAUCAGGUCCGGGACAGCAGGAAGAUGCGCUGCGCCUCCCAGCUGUCCCCGGAGCUUGUGGGCAGGCAGCGGGGAGAAGUGCCUUCUCCCGCCGGCCGCCUCAGACAGGUCCGGGACAGCGGGAGACGCGCUGCGCCUCCCAGCUGUCCCCGGAGCUUGUGGGGCAGGCAGCGGGGAGAAGCACUCUUCUCCCCACCGCCCGCCUUCAGAUCAGGUCCGGGGACAGCAGGAAGACGCGCUGCGCCUCCCCACUGUCCCCGGAGCUUGCGGGGCUGGCGGCAGGGUCUCCCCGCCGUCAGCCUCCAAACCACUUCGGGAGACAGCAGGAUGGCGGCGUUCCGCCUCCCUCUGUCCCUCGACCUGGUGGGGCUGGCGCUGGGACUCUCCUGAAGCCUGGAGAGCGAGAGGCGUUGGUGCGCACCGACCCCUCUCGUUCUCCAGGCUUCAGUGAAAGCCUGCAUUCGCCCCAUAGGACACACACACAUUUCCCCUUCAUUUUUGGAGGGGAAAAAGUGCGUCCUAUAGGGCGAAAAAUACGGUAUACUGAAGACCAACAGAUGUCCCUUCACAGCCUUUAGUCUGCUCUGAAACACUUAGAUCAGUGUUUUCGUUCCUGGCGUUAUUGAUUAAAUCAAGCUGGCAUGUCAGCCACAAAUUGUAUCCAGAAUUGCUUCUAAGCCUUUUUAAAGGAAACUUAACAAGGACAUAUUGACAUGAAUUGCCUGGACACAUUGACUGGCUGCUGUUGCAGCCUGUUUAGUAUAGCCUGUUAUCUGUGACAUACUGUCACUGUUGCCAAACCACCCCCCCCCCAUGCCCCUCACAGCAACCUUGUUUGACAUUUUGAAGGAUGGCAGCACACUGAAAUCAUUGUGGUAUGUUUGAAAGCAAUCAUCAAAGCUCCACAUGUUUAAGGAAAAUGGAUUUGUCCAGCACUAGAGAUUGGCGGCCAAAGGAUAACUGAGUUUUUGUUUGCUUGCUGGCUCUGGGAGUGAGAGCUCAUUUCUCCCCCGUUUCUCUCCAGAGCAUAACAUUUAUAAACUCAUUGAGCUCCUUCUUUCACCCAGAGAGCACUAAAACAUUGGAAAACAGAUACUGCCCACAGAAGGCACACCUUGAGUUGGCCAAUAUGUCAUACCAGAGGCAGCCGCAGCCCAGUUUCCCAUCCCUCUGCCAUAAUGUUUAGUGUUCACUGCAUGUGCUCAAGCUAUCGCAUCUCACAUUGCACCCCUGCCGUUGCUGAUGGGGAAAUGCUACUCGAUGGCCUCAGCUUACACAGUGAGUUGCCACACCCUUGGCAGUUGUGACAUAGAGAGUGGCUGUAACAGUGCAGUGUGUGAUUUAAACUGCAGGGUUCGUGUUAUGUACUGAAGUUCUCACCCUGGGCCAGCAGGGGGAUACUGUAGAUAGUUAUGCAAAUAAGGGAUUGAAAGUGACGUUCAGUGAUUGGAUAGUUUUAGAAAAUUGUUACAGUUACGUUGUACUGGAGCUCUAUAUAAGCAGGCUGACUGAACCCUUCAGUUGUUCUGGCCUGUGAAUAAACAAGAGCUGUUUGAAGAAUCGCUGUGUCGUCUGAUAUGUUCACCCACAACUUAACAGUUCUAAGGUUUGUCUUCCUUUUAACAUCUUGUUGUCUUCUGUUUCCCCAGUGCUAUCAGUGGCUAAAGGAGAAGAUUGUGAGCGAGGAAGGGAGAAAACAGCAGUCGAAGCUGAAAGAUCUCUUCCCCAUUGCUGAACGCCUUGGAUGCACCCUACCUCAGCUGGCUGUUGGUGAGUGAUUCUGGGAGUCCUCCCCCCUAUGGGCACUUCCCAAUGUUUUUUGCAUUGUGUAUUCAUAACUAUUCGUAUUCAUGAUGCUAUCAGCGAAGUCAGACACAACUCCACAUUCAAUACUGUUUGUGCCUGCUCGGGUUUUGGGGCAGUCACACUGCUUCACUUCCAAUCAGUGCAUAGUGUGUAACUUUCUGCUGCAAUCCUGUAACUUUUCAUACCACAAAUGUUGGGUGGGGUGGGGUGGGGUGGAGAAUCCCUCUUUGGUUACAGUAUAGCCCCAUAAUCCACCACUAAUGAAAGCACAUCAAAGUGCAAGUAGAUAAAUAGGUAUCGCUCCGGCGGGAAGGUAAAUGGCGUUUCCGUGCGCUGCUCUGGUUCGCCAGAAUCGGCUUAGUCAUGCUGGCCACAUGACCUGGAAGCUGUACGCCAGCUCCCUCGGCCAAUAAAGCGAGAUGAGCACCACAACCCCAGAGUUGUCCGUGACUGGACCUAAUGGUUAGGGGUUCCUUUACCUUUACCUUUAAUGAACUAUUAUUAUGUCAAGAACACACAGACAAAUACACACACACACACACACCAAGAAACCUAUAUCAUUAGUGAUGUUCAGUUGGGCUGGCACUGUGAGCUGCUUGCGAUACAAAGGAGGUACUUAUCCAAUGGCUUUUUUGAGAGUUGGUUGCAGUGGUCUUCAAUGGCUAAUUUUAUUUUGUGCAUUUAUCUAAAUCAUUUAUAUACUGCUUUUCCAAAGCUGAGGGUGGCAUAAAGAAACAACACCCAACUUAAUCAAGCGUCUUAUGAUCAAUUAAGGUUCAUAAGAAGCUAUCAAAUACAGCCAUACCUUGGUUUUCGAAUGUGUUCCGGAAGUCCAUUCAGCUUCCAAAAAGAUGUUUGGAAACUGGAACACUCACUUUUGAGUUUUGAUCAUUCGGGAGCCGAAACAUAUGAGUACCAAGGCAUUCAACAACCAAGGUAUGACUGUACUGAGUUCUUUGGACCAUCUAGGUCAGUAUUGACCCAAAGUGGCUGGGGAAAACCAGCCAGAUGGGCGGGCUAUAAAGAAAUUAAUAAUAAUAAUAAUAAUAAUAAUAAUAAUAAUACUCUAGCAUUUCAGGCAGAGUUCUCUCCCAGCCCUACUUAGAAAUGUGUGCCAAGGAAUGAGCCUAAGACCUUUUGCUCUACCACUGAACCAUGCCGCUUUUCAUAUGAGUUUCAGCUGGUUUGUGGUUAUUGAUUACAUUUGCAUAUAUUUACUUAAGGGGUAAAAACCAUAUUUCUGAAGUAGGAAGCAUACGUGUUUCUAGAUAAUGUGCACCACAUUGUCAUAGCAAGCAUAAUCUUAGAAGGUCCCUAAUAUGUGAAAGAAAAGGGGAAAUGCUCUUUUAAGAUAGUACUUGCCUUAAAAAUAUUUUUUUUAAUAGAAAAACCUGCUGGCUGAUUAAAUUAGGGACACUAUUUGGCUGAUUAAAAGGGUUUAAUCAAAUAAUCAUUAACAAAUUAAACAUUCAUUAAUUGCAACCCUGAUUAAAACAAAUUGAGUGUACCAUGAAAUCCUAAGGAACAGAUGCAACAUCCCUUUGGGAAAGAGGCUAAAAGACUUGCCAGCGAAGAGGAAAAGCUAUGGGGGUCUUCCAGAUGUUGUUGGACAACUGUUCCCAUCGUCACUGACCAGUGGCUAUGUUGGCUGGGGCUGAUGGGAGUUGAAGUUCCACAUCUGGCAGGAACCAUGUCAACUAUCCCUGAUUUAGAAGGAAGUCCUUUCAAAACACUAGGACAGUUCACAGUUAGGGCAAUAAAGAUAAAUCCCCUUGUAGAAUCAUAGAAUCAUAGAGUUGGAAGAGACCACAAGGGCCAUCGAGUCCAACCCCCUGCCAAGCAGGAAACACCAUCAGAGCACUCCUGACAUAUGGUUGUCAAGCCUCUGCUUAAAGACCUCCAAAGAAGGAGACUCCACCACACUCCUUGGCAGCUCUUACUGUCAGGAAGUUCUUCCUAAUGUUUAGGUGGAAUCUUCUUUCUUGUAGUUUGGAUCCAUUGCUCCGUGUCCGCUUCUCUGGAGCAGCAGAAAACAACCUUUCUCCCUCUUCUAUGUGACAUCCUUUUAUAUAUUUGAACAUGGCUAUCAUAUCACCCCUUAACCUCCUCUUCUCCAGGCUAAACAUGCCCAGCUCUCUUAGCCGUUCGUCAUAAGGCAUCGUUUCCAGGCCUUUGACCAUUUUGGUUGCCCUCCUCUGGACACGUUCCAGUUUGUCAGUGUCCUUCUUGAACUGUGGUGCCCAGAACUGGACACAGUACUCCAGGUGAGGUCUGACCAGAGCAGAAUACAGUGGCACUAUUACUUCCCUUGAUCUAGAUGCUAUACUCCUAUUGAUGCAGCCCAGAAUUGCAUUGGCUUUUUUAGCUGCCGCGUCACACUAUUGGCUCAUGUCAAGUUUGUGGUCAACCAAGACUCCUAGAUCCUUUUCACAUGUACUGCUCUCAAGCCAGGUGUCCCCAUCUUGUAUUUGUGCCUCUCGUUUUUGCCCAAGUGCAAUACUUUACAUUUCUCCCUGUUAAAAUUCAUCUUGUUUGUUUUGGCCCAGUUCUCUAAUCUGUCAAGGUCGUUUUGAAGUGUGAUCCUGUCCUCUGGGGUGUUAGCCACCCCUCCCAAUUUGGUGUCAUCUGCAAAUUUGAUCAGGAUGCCCUUGAGUCCAUCAUCCAAGUCGUUGAUAAAGAUGUUGAAUAAGACGGGCCCAAGACAGAACCCUGUGGCACCCCACUAGUCACUCUUCUCCAGGAUGAAGAGGAACCAUUGAUGAGCACCCUUUGGGUUCGGUCAGUUAGCCAGUUACAAAUCCACUGAGUGGUAGCAUAGUCAAGACCACAUUUUACCAGCUUCUGAGAUCAUUUCCACAAAGCAGAAUCUGAUUAGAUAACAGCUUCUGGCAGGGGGAUAAUUGUUCUUCUCAUAUUUGCAAAGGACGUUGCCAUGACUGACAGAGGCAAGAUAGUGUACUGAUUUAGAUUUGGGUUUUUCAGGCUGAAGUGGGACACACACUGGCCCCUGGUCCCUCACUGAUUCUCAGCCAGGGUGUUCUCAGCUCCUGUGGUUUUGUGCUUGCAAGCAGGGAUGGGCCAAUCUGUCAAUUUUUGUUUCUCUCACUUUCCAAAUUUUAUCAGUUCUCCACACUUCCACAUCAGUUUGCAAUUCAAAUAAAAGUCCUUGUGAAAUUUCGUCUCCAUUUUAGUGAAUUCAAUCUAAUGCACAUGUAUUUGUUUCCGGUUUUGCCAAAUUCACACCUUUUUUGCAAAGCUGUUUUCCCCAACAUAAUUCAUUUUUAUGGCAUUUUUUCCACUGAUUUGUGCAUUAUUAUGUACAUGCAUUUUUGUAUGUGUUACUUGACUUGAUAACUGCAUUGCAAAAUUCAAAGAAUUGCGAAAUUUGAAGAUUGCUUUUGUUUUAGUUCACACCUUGUUUCGGGCAGCACAAAUUAGGUAAGUUUACCUAAAAAAUGUUAACUGGAUCAAACUUCUCCCUGAUUUCCACUUGCAAGUCCCUCCCAAUAUGGAUGCAAGCCAAAUCUUCAGGUGACCCACGGAGACCUAGCGGGGAAUGAAUGUAUGAUACUGCCUUAUACUGAAUCAGAACAUUCCUCUAUGUAGCCCAGUGCUGUUUAUUCUAGCAGUAGAUCUCCUGGGGCUCUCAGGCAGAUAUAUCCUCCGACUCUGGGACCCUUUUAAUUGGAGAUGCCAAGAACCAAGCCUGGGAUCUUCUGCCAGAAAAGAAAUGCUCUACCCCUGAUCUGUAAUUUAUCCCCUAAUUUCCUUCCGCCUGCUGCUGCAGUAAAAAUGCUGUCUUUUCCAGGAUGCCUACUGUUUUACCCAACAAUACAGCAAGCCUGGUUAUGGAAUGCAAAUAUUUACAAAGUCAUCCAAGUACCUUGUUGCGUACUGGAUACAGCUACUGACUGCAUUAUCUUUGGGGGUAGGAAGAAUAGCUGUUUUUAUGGACGACAGCAACAAAGUUGGGCUAGCGAUUACUAUGAAAUAAUCAUGAGCAGGACUGGAUUUUUUCCCCUUUAAUCUUUUUUUUCCCCCCUCCCCUAGCACAGUUCCCUCCCAACAGCUGUGUAGCCCUGAUUGACUCAGGCUGCGAAAAUAGAGCUAACACAGCGCAGAAAUUCGAGAGAGACCAUUAAUCAUGUUUAACUGUGCUGUCUCGUUCUUCCCUUGCCAAAGACACGAUUUAAAUGUUUCACAGGGAUGACGGGGUGGGAGCUAAAUGGUCCGAUGAAGUUCAAAUAUCACUUCUGGCCCUGGCAGAUGACUUUUCAAAAAAUCAGCUAAUACGUUCAGUGCAGGAAUAAAUUUAAAACAAAACAAUCCAGAUUCUGUAGCAGCCAGCAAGAUGGGGCAGUGCUGGUUACCUGGCUUCCGAAUGCUGAGGUCACUGCUGGUACCUGAGAGGGGCGAGACACUAGGGAGGCAGGCAUGGUGUGGACACAGAGGUGAAGCUAAUUCCCUGCUCCUGCCAUAGCACUUCACCGCACCAACCUGCCCAUCACCUCACCCCCCAUCUCUUUCUGUCAGUUACCAGAAGUGUCCUCCACAUUGGGAAACCAGGUAAGCAAUGUGGCCCGAUCCCGAGCCUAGACAAUGUAAGCCAUGAAGCGCUCCUCACAGUUUUGCAAACCAGCAAAGGAACAAGCUUCUCGUCAUCUGCAACCGGGGAGAAAGCAAAGGCAGUACGUGAUGACAAUGGACAUUCCCCAGAAGUCAGUAGCCCAAAGUGGCUGCACAGAAUAGGUUUCAAUUCACCUCAGCACCAUCACCUGUGUGCUCCUAAUUUCAUUUAUUUUGUUGCUCUGCCUGCUUUUUGCUUCUGGCUCUACCUACCUCUGACAUGUGGCCCUUGGAAAAGCUGCCUAGAAAGGGAAUGUGGCCCUGGAGCUGAAAAGGUGUCCUGUCACAGUGAGGAAUGUCCAGAGGGCAGAAUUAAGUGUAUUGUCAAAAGUAGACUUACAAGUUAGGAAAAGGCAGGUCUGUCAGUCGUAAGUCCCUCAGCUACUCCUAGCCAUGCACUCACUGAGGCUGUUGCAGCAACAGAGAGGCCUUGGGUUAUGUAUCUUCCCCACCUGAGCUACACACAAGCAGGUGAAGACUGCGUCAGCGUGCAACCUGCUUCUGCUCCUCCCACUUCAAUCCUCUUCUGGUCCUGGUCUCCUGCCUCUGCCUCUCGUCUCCUGGCUGUUACAGGUUCCCCCAAGUCAGUCUGCAACACCCCAUUCUCCCGAUGUCCUCUCCUCUGUACACAGUGACCACUCUUCAGUGGCUAGCCCAGGGGUCAGCAAACUUUUUCAGCACUGUCCCUCAGACCUUGUGGGGGGCCAGACUAUUUUUUUGGGGGGUGGAAUGAACAAAUUCCUAUGCCCCACAAAUAACCUAGAGAUGCAUUUUAAAUAAAAUAACACAUUCUACUCAUGUAAAAACACCAGGCAGGCCCCACAAAUAACCUAGAGAUGCAUUUUAAAUAAAAGCACACAUUCUACUCAUGUAAAAACACGCUGAUUCCCAGACCGUCCGCGGGCCGGAUUGAGAAGGCGAUUGGGCCGCAUCCGGCCCCCGGGCCUUAGUUUGCCUACCCAUGGUCUAGCCUGUCCCUGACAGGUCCCUGCAAUAGAUUGCAGAUGGGGCAUGAGCAAGUUUUGUUUGUAGCCAAAUGCCACAUAAUUUCUUUUCUUCUUAUCACAGCGGUGUUAAAAAAAAAAUACCUAUCUGGAAAAAUGUCUGAAUGAUAAGGUCUUAACCACUGCAUGAGAUAAGCCUCUGAACUAAGGUUGCUCACCAGCAUCAACCAAUACCAGCCCUAACCCAGCCAUGGGCUUUUCUGUCUUCCCAGCAUGGUGUCUACGUAACGAGGGUGUGAGCUCUGUCCUCUUAGGAUCUUCCAAUCCGGAGCAGCUAAUAGAAAAUCUUGGUGCCAUACAGGCAAGUACAAAAUCUUGAUUUGUGAUGAGCCGAAGCAAAUGGAUGAUCAAAAAUAGGCAAAUUUAUUCAAAUGUAUGUAAGUUCUGAACACAGAGCAUAACCCAUCUUUACCUGCAUUCCUUUGGAGCAAAAUGUUGUUUUUGUUUUAAUUGGUGAACUGAAAGCACGUAAUGAUCCUGAACGUAUGCCGCCCGCUUUUAUGCUUACAGGUUCUUCCGAAGAUGACGUCCCACAUUGUGAAUGAGAUCGAUAACAUCUUGGGGAACAAACCUUACAGCAAGAAGGACUACAGAUCCUAAUGCAUUGCAUGAUUAAACUGGACUGCAUGGCUAAAAUAGCGCUCUGUACUUAGUACAGUACCAAGUCAAUAAUAUCCUGAUUAGAAUUAUUCGGCAGUCUCUGUUGUUUACUAGAUUCUCCAAGGCAGCGUGCUGCGCCGGGAUCCAAAAGCACAGCCGAUCUCUCUUUACAACUGAGAUUGCCUUUGCUUUUUUGCUUCUUCUUUUUUACUACAGUCAGAUUCUCCUGCACAAGCCCUG